AUGCAGCAGUGCGAACUUGACCACGUUGCACUGAACGCCACAGACGUUGAUCGACUCUUAAAGUUUUACGCUGGGCUUUUCGGCUGGUGCACUGAACGAGUGGACGAGUGGCGCGAGGGCAAGGUGCCUUUCCCGUCGCUGCGCGUGAACGCCCGCACGAUCAUUGACCUGUUCCCGUCUUCAGAAUCAAUGACGCUGAAACAGAGCUCCGACACGCAUCUGAACCACUUUUGCAUAGCUGUAGAUCUUUCGACUUUCCGUGCUGUACAAAGCAAAGCGCAAGAACUGGGUGCUGAGGCGGCCGGCGGGCCGCGGCAACUCUGGGGAGCCCGUGGUAUGGCAGUUUCCCAGUAUUACAAGGAUCCCGAAGGCAACUUGUUCGAAGUUCGUUGCUAUGAAGCAUAA